AGGCCCUCGCGCAGAGAAGGUUAGAGCGUGGCCCGCCUUGUUUCUUCUUCUUAUCCUCCUCUUGCUUCCGCCCUUCUUAUCCUCUUUCUUUUCUUUCUUGUUCCGCCGUCCACCCAUGGCGUCCAUCUCCAUGAUGUGCUCCUACACCGUCUCCAUGCCCGCCGCCGCCAGGGCUCCGCUCCGCCGCGCCAACGCCUCGCUCGGGUUCGCCACCUCGCAGCUCGCCGGCCUCAGCCUCGGCCUCACCUCCACGGCCACCGCGGUCUCCCUCCCCACCAAGAACACCAUCGUCGCGCGCCGGAUCUGCCCCUUCUUGGAGAAGAAGACGAACCGGGCCAACAAGGUGUCCUUCUCCAACCACAAGACCAAGAAGCAGCAAUUUGUGAACCUGCAGUACAAGAAGCUGUGGUGGGAGGCCGGCAAGCGCUACGUCAAGCUCCGCCUCUCCACCAAGGCCCUCAAGACCAUCGAGAAGCACGGCCUCGACGCCGUUGCCAAGAAGGCAGGGAUCGACCUCAACAAGAAAUGAAAUGAUCGAUGAGCCAUAGUUAAGGCCUCCUAGCAACAACAUCUUCUUGAUUUCCUCACAUCAACCAUUUCAAUGUAAUGUAGUAUGCAAAAUGGAUUUAUGUCCAGUUUUCCUUUUCUCCCCUUUUGUGUCGGUUCCUUCCUUCCUAGUGCGAUUUGUGCAAGUAACCUUAUAAAUGCCCAUUUUCCUUGAUGAGUUAGUUGAUGUUAAGCAUCAUACCGGAUCAUCGUCAUCAUCAUGUAUAUGUAGUUGUGCAGUUGGUUUGUGCCUUUCAGCUGCAAACCAACCUGAUGUUUUAUGAUUGAUCAGGGAAGGAUGUUUUAUGA